CAUGUUUUUUCCCCGUAUAUUGAUAGUCACAACUAAAAAAGUUAGGCACGUAAAAAAUAAAAUAAAAUAAAAUAAAUGAAAUUACGUUAUCGGAGGAAGUACUGAACCCGUUAGGGUGCCGGCGGGAGGAGGGGGCUUAAAAGGGGCACCGCAGUGGCCAAUGGCGCAGCCAGAAAAAGGCAGCCUCCUCCCCCAACCCAAGUCUCUCUCUCUCUCCCAAACCAAAAGAAGGCUUCCACUUCCAGCUGCAGCGGAGCAUCGCCAGUUCAGAGUUCACCACCACGCCUUUGACCUCCAGCCCAUAGCCCAAUCCCGCAAGCAUCCAUCCACGCCCACCGCACCCGCUAUAAAAUCUCCCCCUCUGCUCCCGAUUCGCCACCUAAAGGAGGCGCCUUUCCCCAAAUCCACCACCACCGAGAAACAACCGCAGGAAAUCCGCUCGGCCCUCGGCUCCGGUCACUCUGUUGCGGCCACGAUGAAAGAGGGCAGACCCGGCGCCGGCGACUACAUUGCCAGCCUGCUAAGCUCGUCGCCGAGGCUCGACUUCGGCGGGGAGGAGGAGGAGGACUGCCUGGACAGGUUCUGCGGCGACCCGGGGUUCGCGGCUCGCGCGGCGCGGCUGUCCAGCUUCAGCGGGCAGCGCUUCGCCGUCACCGCGGGCCUCUUCGGGCUGCCCCCGCCGCUGCCCGCCGCGAGCGGCGGCGGCGAGUUCGCCGGGUCCCGGGAGGCGUCGUCGGUGUCGGACCCGGCGUCGGCGAUGAAGGACGCCAAUGCCAAGAAGCGGAAGGCGCCCGCGGCGGCGGCGGCCAAGGGCAAAGGCAGGGAGCCAUCUGCGCAGGCACAGGCAGGGGAGCCGAAGGGUCCGGACGCCAAGAGGUGCUGCAAGGCGGAGGGAGGCGAGGGGGAGGAGGGGAGCCCCGUGAAGCUGCCCAAGCCGGAGCAGGCCGGCAGCGACAGCUCCGUCGAGGACGGCGGCGCGCAGAACCAGAAGCCGCCGCCGCCGGUGAAGGGAAAGAAUGCCAAGCCGGUGGAGCCUCCCAGGGACUACGUCCAUGUCCGGGCCAGGAGAGGGCAGGCUACCGACAGCCACAGCCUCGCAGAGAGGGUGAGAAGGGAGAGGAUCAGCCAGAGGAUGAAGGUCCUUCAGGACCUGGUGCCAGGAUGCAACAAGGUGAUCGGCAAGGCGCUGAUGCUCGACGAGAUCAUAAACUACGUGCAGUCGCUGCAACGGCAGGUCGAGUUCCUCUCCAUGAAGCUCGCAACCGUCAACCCACUGGACCUGAGCAACCUGCCCACGCUCCUACAAAAAGAUGCCUGCGGCGCUUCGGCGAGCUCGGUCUUCUCGCUGGAGAGCUGCAGCCCGGGGUUCCCGUUCGGCGGGCAAGGGGACGUGUUCCAGUCCUUCGUCCCGAACGGCCUGGAGAACCCGUGCGGCGGCCUGAACCCGCUGGACCUGGCUCUGUCCCAGGCUACCGGCGGGCAGUUCGGUUUCCAGGACGGAACGGCCGGCACAAACCUGCAGCAAAGGAACUACUGGGAGGAGGAGGAGGAGGACCUGCAGAGCGUGUUCCACAUCGACGACAACGGGCAGAGCCAGGAGCACGGGGCCUCAGCUUCAGCACAAAGCUUCCAUGGUCAGCUUCAACCACAAGAGGGCCACAUGAAGAUGGAGUUCUUCUGAUCGGGCCUCGACACCCAGCCGCCGACGGCCGAGGGAGCGACCUGUACAUAGCGAAGACUCGAGGUACAAGUACAAAAGCACCAGCGGCGGUGGCGGCGGCGGGGACGGAAGCUCUGAAGCUAUAGCUAACAGCAAGUCCGUACAUGUAGGCCCUUCCUUGCCCUUGGAGAGGCGAGUUCUUCGCUCGCCGUAGCGUGAACCAGGGGGUGGGCGAUCGUGUGAUUUCUUUGAACGUUUUCGAUCCGGCGAUUAAUUUGAUUGAUUAACACAGCCACCCCGACGAUAGCGUACGUAGCAAUCACCCGAACAGUGAAGCUGUCACUUUUGUGUAUAAGAUAAUGCAUAUGGUGCAGAUAUUAGUAUCACCGGCGCUUCUCUC